GGCUCACAUUCCACUAUAACACCACCGCCCUCAUCUCCAGACGGACACCCUAAAGAUCGUCUUCGCCUUCGCCUCUCAUGCUUUGGACCUGCGGCAAUACAAGUCUCAGAGCCUUACGAUCAACAAUCUUAUCUCUCCGGUCUUCAUCGUCCUCCUCCUCCUCCUCCACCGCACGGGUCCCGUCGCUCACCUCGGACAUCCUCUUCAGCAGAACCACUACAACCCCGCCUACCGUCCACGCCCGCACCAUGUCCGCCGCAGCAGCCUCCCUCGUCGAGUCGGCCAAGAAGGCCGCCGCCUACCGUGCCGUCGACGAGCACCUCGCCCCCUCGGCGCGCUUCGUCGGCAUCGGCUCCGGCAGCACCGUCGUCUACGUCGUCGACGCCAUCGCCGCAAAGGGCCCCGCCUUCCACGCCGCCAUGACCUUCCUGCCCACCGGCAGCCAGUCCAAGGGCCUCAUCCGCGCCGCCGGUCUGCGCCUGUGCAACCUCGACGAGCGGCCCUUGGGCCCCGACGGCAAGCUCGUCCCCAUUGACGUCGCCUUUGACGGCGCCGACGAGGUCGACGCCGGCCUCAACUGCAUCAAGGGCGGCGGCGCCUGCCUCUUCCAGGAGAAGCUCGUCGCCAUUGCCGCCAAGAAGUUUGUCGUCGUCGCCGAUUACCGUAAGCUAUCCUCGAGACUGCUCACCAACUGGAAGGCCAUCCCCAUCGAGGUCCUCCCCAUGUCCGCCCCGGACGUGCUCGACAGGCUGACGGCGCUCGGCUCCGUCAAGCCCCUCGUGCGGCCCGGCGCUCCUGGUAAGGCUGGUGAGGUUGUCACCGACAACGGCAUGUGGCUCAUUGACGCACCUUUCCCGAAGCUGCUGCUGCCCCAGGACCUGGCUGGCGCCGACCCCUCGUCCCGCCAGCUCGGGCGCGAUGCCGCCGGCGCCUGGGAGGUCUCGGCUCUCGCCCGUGAGCUGCUGAUGAUUCCCGGCAUCGUCGAGAUUGGCAUCUUCCACGGCCUCGACGGCCUGCAGGCCGCCCGCGCAGGCAAGGAGGGCCUGGCCCAGAAGCCUGUCGCCGCCUACUUUGGCAUGGAGGACGGCAGCGUCAAGGUUGCGGCUGCGAGCUCAUAGACUCGGUUGCCGAGGCCAGGGCAGGGGCCGGGCGUUCUUGUGGUUUUGGAGCGGAUUUGAUUUUUUUGGGGAAUAAUGAAAAGUUGCCAUGCUUUGGAUCAAAUGACAUCGACACCAUGGGGUUUUUGGUUGAGCGCCUUGGUGCCAGUAUCUCUUACAUGUUGGCACGAUUGAAGUAGGUCACCGAGCAAUGAUGAGACUCAACCGUUUCGACAUCAUCUUCACCAAUGACCAUUGACCUCGGCAACUCGCUCACUGACCACAAUGAUUGAGGACUGGCUCAAUGAGAUGCAAGCGGGUCAUUUCAUCAAGCAACUAUUGCUCGUUUGUUGGGCGGACGUUACUAGUCGUGGUUGAUUGACAUCUAGAUUGCCUGCAUGAGCAGGAAACGCAACGACCACUUUAUUGCUCUAGCCAGACAAUGCUUGACCCUACCUUCGGCAAGAUUGUCGGUACAUUCGGUGAUCCCAAUAAUGACUUGCACACAAAUUCAUCACAUGCCCCCCCCACCAGGGCAAGAGAUCAUGAAGAUUCAUGGCA